AUGGCUACCUCUCAACAAGACUUUGAAGGUUGGGAGAUUGUAAAGAGAGACGAAAAUCAAAACAUAGUGUAUGAUGACUUGGGUGGGAGAAGAGCUCGCAGAAGAACCGACAAAAAGGGAGAAAAGGAGUAUAUUUCGCUAAGACGGCUACGUGACGGCCUGGAAUUUGGCUGUGGUGACUCAAUUGUCAUGCGAGACGCUGGCACCGAUGACUUUUCCGUAUAUAUGGUGCAUGAGAUUCGAUUGAACACGCUCAACCAUUUGGUCGAACUUUGGGCAUUUGCGUAUCUACGCAGGUUUGAGCUCAAUGAAAGGGAGUACCUCGAAGCGUGUGAACCGAUUAAAGGACUUCCGGCCUCCAAAUUGAAAAGCAUGUCUGACGCUGAGGUGACCGCAUCUUUUGCACAGAUUUGCGAUUCAUACGAACUUUGCUUGACAGCAGAACUCUCUGAACUUUAUCUAUCCGAUUUUCUGGCUAGGGCAGAAGUGUAUGACCCCGAAAAUCUCCCACCUCAUGAUUUUGAAACAACAAACAGUGAUAAAACGACGCCUGACUCAUUUCUUGUUCAGUUUGCGUGCGAACCUUUGGGCCUGUCUUUUAGGGAAAUUGAUAUUCAUGAUGUGGGUCGUUACGUGGCUAGCCAGAAUUCAAGAGAUUCGCACACAUUCAUCAAAGAAUUAACAAUCAAGCCGGUUCAGAAUAAGGGAAAGAAAAGGAUCCCUCGCAUACAUAAAAAGCAAGAUCCCAAAAAGACAGGCCCAAGUGUACGCCCUAGUCCCGUAGAACAACACAAUCCCGAAGAUGAGAAAGGGCCGUCGAGCUCAGACAAUAUCGAAAUUUUCCAGGAUGCUUUAGAAGAACCUGGAAAUUCGAAAAAUGAGCCACGUAAUGCGCCUACGCGCCUCUUUUUAGCAUCCGACUCUGAAAGUGGAAGUUCCACUCGAGGUGACCAAUCGCCUGACCAAUCGCCUGACUCUGGCUCUGACUCUAACUCUGAAGAUGAAGAUGAAGAUGAGGAUGAAGAUGAAGAAGUCGAUGGUGAAAUCGAUGAAGAAGUUAAGGACGACUCUGAAGUCAGUGAUGACGAUGAUGAGGAAUCAGGUGCAGAAGGGACUGCUAGCGACGAAGAGGACGAUAGUACCACCAGCUCAGAGGAAUUGGAUGCAAGUUUCGACGACAGUACAGUAAAGCAACCAAAACGGCCUUCGAGAACUACCUCAUCUAGCUCUCGCAAGCGAAAAGUGACGCAAAGAUCGUCAACUCCGUCAUCUCCUCCAAAGAAGGCUUUGAAAAGUAACGCUUCUAGUGCUAGCGGCAUCAAGAAGUAUUCGAAAAAGAACGUGUCAAGGGCCAAGAAAGCAUAUACUCCUUUUUCUAAACGAUUCAGAAGGCCUCAAGAUAUCCCUGACUUAACAAAAAUUGCAGAGUUCAAUCAAGAUCAGAUAGAUAUGGAUGUUGCUGCUAUUGAAAAUAGACUGCGGAGUCCCAAAAAGCAGCAUACCACGGAGACAAUCUUUUCGAAGGUAAAAAAACAGCUAUACACCUCUCACGGUAAAGAUGAAAUUAUGAAAGCUGGAAAUUUCGAUGACUAUUUGCCCGCUCGUGAAAAUGAGUUCGCUUCCAUUUACUUAAGCCUCUACAGUGCCAUUGAAGCAGGAACAGGCACGACGAUUUAUGUGGCAGGAACUCCGGGUGUCGGUAAAACAUUGACUGUUAGAGAGGUAGUCAAAGAACUUCUUCAAUCGGUGGAACAAAAUGAGCUUCCGAAUUUCCAGUAUGCUGAAGUCAACGGUUUGAAAAUGAUAAAACCCACAGACAGUUACGAGGUUUUGUGGAACAAAAUUUCUGGUGAGCGGCUGACAUCUGGUGCUGCAAUGGAAUCUCUGGAGUUUUAUUUCAACAAAGUACCGAAGAGUAAGAAAAGACCUAUCUUGGUUUUACUUGAUGAACUAGACGCAUUAGUGACUAAAAGCCAGGACGUGAUGUACAAUUUUUUCAACUGGACCACUUACGCCAAUGCCAAAUUGAUAGUGGUAGCGGUAGCCAAUACAAUGGAUUUACCAGAAAGGCAGUUGGGUAAUAAAGUUUCUUCCAGAAUUGGUUUUACAAGAAUAAUGUUUACUGGCUACACUCAUGAGGAAUUGAAAAUUAUCAUCAAUUUGAGACUCAAGGGACUCAAUGAAAGCUACUUUUAUGUCAACACGGCCAAUGGGAGCGCGCAUAUGGUUUUCAAUGGGGAAGAAGAACCUGACCUCGAUACGAGUGGCAUGCACAAAGUCAAACUGAGGAUAGCGCCGGACGCGGUCGAAAUUGCUUCCCGGAAGAUAGCCAGUGUAAGCGGAGAUGCUAGGAGGGCAUUGAAAGCGUGCAAACGAGCAGUGGAAAUCGCAGAACAUGAAUACAUGGAGCGCCAUGGAUAUGGGUAUGAUGGUGUAACAGCUGGCAAAACAAACGGCGCGGGCUCCAUUUUGACUGAAGAAGAUGAAGUCCAAAGUGUGCAGAUCAAUCACAUCAUGAAGGCACUCAACGAAACUGUGAACUCUCCAUUGGUAAUGUUCAUGGCAAACCUUCCAUUCACUACUAAAUUAUUCCUGUAUGCAAUGAUUAACCUCAUCAGAAAAACGGGUAAUCAGGAGCAACCGUUGGGUGACAUCAUCGAUGAGAUCAAAUCUUCGAUCGAUUCCAACGGCAAAAAUAAGUUUAUCGUGGAAAUGCAAAGAGUACUUUUUAAUCAAGGCGACGAAAUGUCAUUGGAGCAGCUGCGAAUCAUAUCCUGGGAAUAUUUGGUCAACCAGCUUAUUGAGGCCGGCAUCGUGAUUCGGCAAAAUCUCAAAAAUGAGCGCCUAAGUGCAAUCAAAUUCAAUGUUUCGACGGAGGACGUCAAAUCUGCUCUUAAUCAGGAUAAAGUUAUGAAAACGCUUUGA